AGUGGGUGACGGCUGCUCGUGCGGCCCCGGCAGGAAGCACUGGGCCUGGACUCCUCUGGGCGAGGGCAUGGCAGCAGCAGAGGGCGCGGGACACGCGGGGAUGCUGCCGGCCGCCGUGGACGGAGGGGGCGGGCCCUGGGGCAUCGCGGGCCCGGGCUCCAGACGGAGGCCCCAGGAAAGCAGGUGGGCGGGCGCGGGGGCCGGACGGGUCGCCGUGGGGGCGGCGCGGGCCACACGUGUCUGCGGUUGCGUGUGUCCCCAGCAUGUCUGCAGGACUGUCCCCUCUCCGUUCCUGACCAGGCUUCCGUUCGUGUUCCUGAGACACCUUUUCACCGUUUCCCGUCUGCCUGCCCGCCCCGAGCGCCCCAGCUCGACGCGCAGGUCUGACCCGGGUUCCGUCACACUCACCUCUGCACGGCCGGUUUUUCUUUGUGCUCUGAUCGUGGAGCUGAGUGGAGUGUUUUUAUGUUUCCAAAUGUUUGAUCGUGGUGACUUUCCUGGGUCCUGUGUGUCCUUGGUCUGCAUCUUGAAUCUUCCUGGGGGUUGAACCCCCGUCAUCUCAGGAAAGGAUUUUUGCCUGAAAGCCCACGUUCGAGCCACGAUUCACACAGCUCAGGCCAGGUGCUUUCCGGCUGCCACCUCCUCCUGUAGCCUUUUGCCACCUUUCGCCUUCAGCCUUCCUUCACACGAGGCGUCCCCCUCGCGGGCCGGCUGCGCACACGACCUCAUCAUGGGGUUCUAUUUUGUCCUGUGCACGCCGCCGGCCGUCCUGUCGGGCUCUCUGGUGGGGCUCUGCUUUCUCACACUUUGCGACAAGCUCUGCCUCUUCACUGGAGCACUUGGUCUGCGCUUGAUGUAAUUGUUGAUACAUCUGCUGUCUUGAUGUUUGUUUCCGCUUGUUGUGUCUGUUUUUUCUUUAAUGUUUAUAAUCUUUUAAAUACUUCCAAUAGUUUUUUUUUUUUUUUUGGUUUUGUCAGAUCUUAGUUGCUGCAGACGUGCUUCUUAGUUGCAGCAUGUGGGCUCUUUAGUUGUGGCAGGUGGGUUCCUUAGUUGUAGCACGUGGGCUCCUCAGUUGUGGCAUGCGAACUCUGAGUUGCGGCCUGCGUGUGGGAUCUAGUUCCCUGACCAGGGACCGAACCCCGGCCCCUGCAUUGGGAGCGCGGAGUCUUAACCACUGCACCACCAGGGAUGCCCUGUCUCUGUUUUUGACCCUCUUCUACCCCUCUCCCGCCUCCUGUGUGUCGACCACGCAUUUACUUUCCAGAACCCGUUUCAUAUCGCUCUGAGUGGUUGCUCGCGGGCUAACCCAUCCUUUUUUAAAAAUUAAUGACUGUAUGUGUUAGUUUACUUAUUUUUGGCCACGCGGCAUGCGGGAUCUUAGUUCCCCAGCCAGGGAUUGAACCCACGCCCCCGACAGUGGAAGCGCGGAGCCGUAAGCCCGGGACCACCGGGGAAGUCCCCCCCCAUCCUUAACCUGGUGCCAUUGCUCGGCCACCACGGCUGCGCGGUCGCAUGUCCAUUUCCGCACGUGUGAGCUCCGCCCUGCACCGCCGUCGGUUUUGCGUGAAAUCAUCGUUGUCAUCUAAAACUUACAGGAAAUAAAAGCAUAGUGUUUUGUACCUACCCGCCUGUUUCCGUUGCUGGGUGUCCCCCCCGUCGAGGUUGCGUCAGGUUUUGUUUCCCUGUAGCAUUGUUGCAGGCGGCUCCGCUGGCGGAAGACUCUCUAGCUUUUGUUUAUCUGAAAAAUGUCGAUUUCCCCUCCCUUUUAGAGAUUGCUGCCUGUGGUGUCUGGGCAUGGCGGUUUGUGUCCUUCCUGCUCUUCAGAGUCUCGUGGUCUCUGGCCUCCGCCGCGUGCUGGGGGCGCAUCACGUCGGUGCUCCCGUCACCCUGUCUGUGGUUCUCGGGGGUCUGGCUUCCCAGAGCAGCAGCGUCCCGCAGCCCCGACGCUCUAACUGGUUUCCUCUCUCCUUCGGGUGGGAUAAUGUCCAUUGAUGUGUCUGUCCCCCUAGUUCACGGACUUUUAAAGAAUAAUAAUUUCAAGCCUGUUCUACACGGUUUUCACGUCAGUUAUUAGCUUUUCAGUUCUACAUUUUUAAUUAAAGACUAUUUUUAAAGCAGGUUUAGGUUCACAACAAAAUUGAGAGGAAGGUGCAGCGAUCUCCCGUGUCCCCCAGCCCCUCGCCCCCCCACUGUCCACACCCCCCACGCGGGGCGUGUGUGACCGUCGACGGACCUCAGAGCCCUCGGCUCGCGUCGGGGGUCCCCGUGGUGCUGCGCGUCCCGCGGGUUGGUGCGUGUCCGCCGUGCCGUGGGUCUGGUUUGCUGCUGUCGCCUGCCUCUCCCUGAUGGCGUGUGAGCGUCCUUCCACGUGCCUGCCCGCCGCCGUGUGUCUUCUGUGCUGAGGGGUCUGUUCAAACUUUUUGCCCCUUCUUUUUGGCUGCGUCAGGUCUUCGUUGCCGCACACACGGUCUUUCGUUGUGGUGCGUGGGCUUCUCUCUAGUUGUGGUGUGAGAGUUUUCUCUUCUCUGGUUGUGGCGCGCAGACCUCAGGGCGCAUGGGCUCUGUAGUUUGCAGCAUGCAGGCUCUCUGCUUGAGGCGUGUGGGCUCAGUAGUUGUGGAGCACGGGCUUAGUCGCUCCGCGGCAUGUGGGCUCUCCCUGGACCAGGGCUCAAACCCGCGUCCCCUGCAUGGGCUGGAGGAUUCUCAACCACUGGGCCACCGAGGAAGUCCCCGCCCAUUUUUAUAUCGGGUCGCUCAUUUCCCUAAGAGUUCUCUGUGUGUUGUGGGUGACAGCCCUUCGCCAGAUGUCUUCUCUUAGUCUCUGGCUUGUCUUCUCAUUCUUUCAACAGUGUCUUCAAAGAGCAGAAGGUUUUAAUUUUACUGAAGUUGGGUUAUCAACUGCUUCCCUUAUGGAGUGCGCUCUGCUGUUGUGUCUACACACAAGGCCACCUCGCUUCCCUCCUGCCAUCUCCCAGGAGCUGUAUGGUUUUGCACGUUACAUUUGGGUCUUUGGUCCUUUGUAAGUUGAUUUCUGUGAAGGUGGCAGUUCUGCGUCUGGAUUUGUUUCUUCUCACGUGGACGUCCAGUUGCUCCAGCACCAUUUGUUGAAAGGGCUACUUUGCCCCUGCGUGAAAGGUCCCACGUUUACAGGGGCCCGUUUCUGGGCUCUGUCCUGCUCCGCUGGUCCGUUUGUCUAUUCUUCCGCCAGCAUCCACAGUCCUGAUUUCCGUAUCUUCGCAGCAAGUCGUGAAGUCGGUCCCCCCGGCUGUGCCUUCACCUUGCACAGCGUGUUGGCUGCUCUAGGUUGGUUCUGAAUUUCCAUUUCUCUGCUAAUAGAUCCUAUCUGUUCACUCAUGAGGACAAUUUUGGGGUAAUUAUUUGCAUUUUGUUUCAUGUUUUGGAGCAUAUUUACAUAGUGCUCUAAAGUCUUUGUCUGGUAUGUUCCCCACCUGUGCCGUUCUGGGCCGGUUUCCACCAGCUGCUUCUCUUCCUGCUUCUUUGGGUGUCUGGUGACUUUUGCCUGUGCCGGACGUUGGGCUGAUGGACGUGGAGACGGGAUUCUGUUCCUUUACUCUGCACAGCCACCGCUCUCGUCCCCGCGGCUGUUCACCUGCACGUGGGCUUGGCGUCCGCUCUGUCAGGCAGUGUGUGGGGCCCAGGGUCUCCCCCGGGCUCCUGUGAUGUGGUGGGACUCACCUCCCAAACCCUGCCUCCCCUUGCACUUGCGGGACUUGGCUUCCAGUGUCGUCACGGUCGCCCAUCGUAGGCCCAACCACGUGACGGGGCGGGGCGGUGCCUGCGUGGGGCAUGGCCACGCGGGGGUCUCCGCGGGUCUCGGGGGACACGCGCAUGUGGCCCUCGGCUGCCGGGCCCGAGGUCACUGCUGAUCUCUGGUAUCUGCUCCCUUUAUCUGCAGCAGCCGCUGGUGCUAAACCUCGGGUGGGUCCUGAGCGCGCACAGCCCAGCCCUCACAGGGACGCUCGGGACCCACGCGGCCUGCAGCCCCUCCCCCAGCCCCCUCGUGCCGCUGCCCCGGCCUCUCAUCACGUGCUCAGCUUCGCGUGGCCGUGGACUUCGCGGCAGGACGCUCCCCCGGCAGAGCUACAGGGCCUCUGGGAGCCUCCCCCGGCAGCGGCCCUCCCCGCCGGCCUGGGCGCCGUGUGCCGUGUGUUUUGCCGAGUUGGCGGUUGCUGGCAGCACGCAGACGGGUCAGGCACCAGCUGCCCGUCGCAGCCGCCUCCUGUGCUUCCCGCUUCAUGGAGGGCGCGCGUGGGUCUGCAGGCGCUCGCGGCGUCUCGUGCGAGCUGUGCGGUCUGUCCGCCCCGUCUCCUGGCUGCCGGCGCCCGGGGUUCCUUGCUCAUUCUUUUGGCGUGUCUCGUACACAGCACAGAUUUAGCUUUAACUUUGGAACCCAGUCAGACGUCUGUUGAGUAUAUUUUUAUUCCUUCUUGGAGAAAUACAAGGGCAAAUCCUAGGAGACGAGCGACCUGGGCGGGGAGAGGAAGUGAGGUUGUCCAGUCAGCACCUCAGUGGGUGUCAGAUCAUCUCCCGAGGAUGAGGGUGACUGUUGUAUCUUCGGCCGAAAUGACAGAGAUGGGACGACCCGUGAACGUCUCGCCCGUCUCCCUCGCUGUCCUCCCACGUUUCUGUGAGCGACACAGCUGGCUCUGUAGCCCCGAUCCCCGCUUUGCCUCGGGCCUCGUCCUGCAGGUGAGCACGUGCCCCGCUCUCCACCAGGCCCCUUGCUGCCGUGCCCCGGUGUUCUCCUACGAGACCGGACUUCGCCUCCCGGCUCUCCAGGAGGAGCCGAAGGGACGCACGCCCUGGCUUCUUGCAUGCUGAGAAAUGCUGGUCUGUUGUCGCAGCUGAGCUAAGGAUGCAUCAGCUUUGAGUCUGCCGAUGUCACCAAGCGCAUCUUCCUGUGACCACGCUGUAGCUUCUCUGUGGACCCUGACCUCAGUUUCUAGAAGCGAGAACGGACUCUCUGAACGGCAGAGG